ACUCGAGACAAUAUGGCAGGUACUCGUAUAUUUGGUCUCUUUUGGACAUCUUUUCAGAUAAGUUAGCUUUCCCAAGACCUUCUGGAAGCAUAGACAAGGAAAUUGAAAGUUGUAAAAUAUUAAACUUGAGUUUUAUAAUGACUUGAAAACAACGAUAUCUACUAAAAACGAAAUGGGGGGGAAAAGUGACCUUGGAUGUGUUGCUAAUGUUAGCCAUUAGCUAGGCAAACGUAGCUUAUGAGAUGUGGUGGCUUUUAACUUGGUUGUUCAUUUUGUCCUGCAGCAAUCGGAGCCUUCCUAAAAAAUAUGUGGAAUAAGGAGCCUGUUAUCACGGCUUCCUGUGGCAUCGGACUUUUCGGUAUCAUUCUUCCAUUCAUCAGCCCAUUUACAAAAUACACAGCAAUGCUGAACUCAGCGGUGCCAUACAACUAUCCAGUUCCUGUGCGAGAUGAUGGAAGCAUGCCCGACGUUCCAGCCCAUCCAUGUGAACCAAAAGGAAACAACUUAGAAUGGCUUAAAAAGCUAUAACUUCCUGUUCUCACAAUCAGUGCACACAUUGCUCCUCUUGUUCGUAUCUGCCUGCUUGGUUGCCCCAGUUGUCAUUGUCUCACAGUAAAGAUUCUAUUUAAUUCAA